UGCGAAAGUUGCCGCGCCGUAUGCACGUCGCGAACACUCGGUCGAAUUGAAUUACCAAAUAUAGUCAAAAUCGUGUUACGGUUCGGUGUAAAUUGUGAUUUGGAAUUUCUGUGAUUGUCUGAAAUAUUUUUUUAAGGAACUGGGUUUUUCAUAGCUGACAUAAGCCCGAAUCAUAUUACUGAUAAUCAGUGAAAUAAUUCGCGCAAUUAGUAAUAUUAGCUUGCCAACAGUGAGUGAACAAGCACGAGAAUAGAACAAAAUUUGUGAAAACGAACACCGACGACAGUUUCAAGAUGAUGACGAUAAGCGAAAGCCAGUAUUCUUCAAACAAGAUGUCCAGUUUCCACAAAAUCAACGACAGGAUCGUUCAUCGUGACAGUUAUGAUGAUACGAAGAGUUCUUCCAGCGUCAACAGCGCCCUCAUAACGAAACGGGGGUUCAAACCUUCGGACAUGUUCGACCCUCAGAAGAAGGAGUUCCUCACGAACCUCAGUUAUAAGUUGUUCCCUGUAAGUUGGAACGAUGGAGAACUGUCCCGAGAGGCGCCGGCCGUUUUGCCACUGGAAUUACCGUCUGAGGACCUGGAGAACAAGCCGGUGGUUGUGGGGGAGCGGGAGGUGGACCUGAACAAGAUCUUCACGCCCGCGCCCGAUGCUGAGGAGCAUCUCAUCAAGAAAGACCGGAAGUUCGAAAAGACAUUUGCGUCUUCGGCGUUCUACGUGCCCGGUGUUCAUCCCACGGUGAAGGAGCAGAUGGACUUAGCUCGAGCCAUCUCCAAGAGUCUCAGCGACUCCAGCAAUCACAUGAGCAGGGGGCAGAGCAUGUACGUCAACAGGAAGAAGAGAUCUGUCAAAUGGGUGCAUGAAGGACGAGGCCGAAACACAUCAAACACAUGCAGCACCCCAGUGCCGGUCCCCAACCACGACACUCCAUACCGCCCGCCGUCCAGCCUGCGGAACCAGAAGACUUACCCUAAAUCAGCCCUCAAGAACUCCAACAAUACUCUGCCUAAACUAGAACCUUUCCCUGUCUCCCCGACAAUCGUGGUGCAAAAUAUCGAGGUGCCAGUGCCGUUAGCUCCGACGAAAUUAAAUGAUGUCUAUGCCUCGCCGAUAAGCCCGCGUUUCCCGCUUGCCUCUGGCCCAAAUUUCAAUGUUGCGCCUCGAGGUUGGGGCGAAAUGUCAAACUAUUACCGACCGGUGGCGCUAGAUGGCGCUGGCAAAGCGAGAUUGGCGUAUUCUGAUUUUUAAGUUAUUGUAUUUUGUGAGAGGUUUAGUUUUAAGACCAAUAUAGCUUUUAUUGUAAUUUAAUAAAUUCUUCAAGAUUGGUCAGUAAGAAUUGAGAUUAAUAGAGAAAAAGAUUGGAAUGAUUCAAAGGGCAACGAAAGACACCUUGUGAAAAAAAUAUUGAAUAGUCAGUUCCAGUUCUCGCUUAUAAAGAAAAAAAUUACAAUCGAAACCCUUAGAAGUAUAUUUAGGUAGUAAAUAAGUACAUAUUGUAAUUAGAUAAAUAAGUAGUUGUACUUAUGUAUGACGUACGUACAAUUUAUUUUGGAAUAUCUAAAAAUAUGUAUUUACGAAAUUCAUUAAUUAAUUAAUUUAAUAAGAUUUUUUUUGUGAAAAAGUAAUUAGUCUACCAACUAGUCAUAUUUAUUGAUUAUAAUUUAUAUUAUUUAUUAUAAAGCAAUAUUAUUCUGUUAGGUAGUUAUGUUUGAAAAUAUUUAUUUACACAAUAGUAAUUAAUAUUUACCUAGAUUAUGUUUACAUAAGAUAUUAUUACGAUAAGUACCUACAUAGAUUUUUUUAUAUUUUAACAUAAGAUUAUAUUUACAAAGUUUAAUCAAUUGUUUAGUGAUCAUAGAAAAAUAUAUAAUAACCCGUCAAGUGUGAGUUCAGUACGCGUGAAGAAGGUUCCGUACAAUUUAUAUAAUUCUUAUAGGUUUUCCUGUACGUACAAUAAAUGACUUACCUAAAUUUAGUAUUUUUUCCAAAUUUUUAACUCAAUAGUUUCGGAGAUCAGGGAGAAUGGUCAAUUUUCGUCUUUUUUUCAUGAAUAAUAUCUAAACCAUUUCUUUUAAAAUAAUAACAAAAAUGUACACCCCGAAAAUUACCCUUAUGAGAAAAAUAUAUUAAUUUUCUUUGUGUUUGGGUUCUAGGGUUACACCAAAUUUCGCCCGAUUUCGUCCAGUACGGACGGAGUGACAGACGGACGGAUAGACAGACGCACGAGUACCUAAUGCUAUAAGUUUAUUUUAUUUUUAUUUUUUGCACGGAACCAUAAAAACAAUACAAUUUUAUAUUUAAAUAAAUACAUUAUUACUUUUUAUAUACAUUAAUUAUAACACGAUUUUUUAUUAUAUACGAUUAAUAGAUGUCGUAAUUAGUUAUAUGUCACUUGUUUUUUUUUAUUUUAUUUAAACUGAUCAUGUCGUUUGUACCAAAAGAAAUAAAUAAAAACGAUUUUU